AGGUCGAAAGCGCUCACUUCGCUAAGUGAGCGACUCCCGACGCACAUCGGUCCGCCAGCUCUCGGGAAGAAAACAAAGAGCGGAUGAUAACACCACCAAAGGCGUUUCCAUUCUUCGUGAAGAGUUUGACAGUCAACCGGUUAUCUGGAGCGGUAUCUUACGGUGACCUUUAUGUGAGUUCCAAGCCUCAGAGCAGCGGGUCAUAGACGGGAGGAGAGACUCGGGAGAGAAAAACACCCAUAGGAUCCUGGAUCUUAGUUUUUGAUUUUCAGUCAGUCCUCACAACGCACAACUAAGACAAAACAUUUACAACGAGAUACAAGAACCAUGGAGGCCAUUGCCAAAUACGAUUUCAAAGCCACUGCUGAUGAUGAGCUUAGUUUUAAACGUGGGGAAAUCCUCAAGGUAUUAAAUGAGGAGUGUGACCAGAACUGGUACAAGGCAGAGCUUAACGGGAAGGACGGCUUCAUUCCCAAGAACUACAUAGAGAUGAAGGCUCAUCCGUGGUUCUUUGGGAAAAUUCCCCGGGCCAAGGCAGAAGAGAUGCUGAACAAACAGAGGCACGACGGAGCCUUCCUCAUUCGAGAGAGCGAGAGUGCACCGGGGGACUUCUCCCUCUCCGUCAAGUUCGGAAACGACGUCCAGCACUUCAAGGUUCUUCGUGAUGGAGCUGGAAAGUACUUCCUAUGGGUGGUCAAGUUUAACUCUCUCAAUGAGCUGGUGGACUACCACCGCUCCACCUCUGUAUCCCGCAAUCAGCAAAUCUUCCUACGUGACAUCGAGCAGGUCACUCAGCAUCCCACCUAUGUGCAGGCGCUCUUUGACUUUGACCCCCAGGAGGAUGGAGAGCUGGGCUUCAGACGCGGCGACUUCAUUCAAGUCCUGGACAACUCUGACCCCAACUGGUGGAAAGGAGGCUGCCACGGCCAGACGGGCAUGUUCCCCCGCAAUUACGUCACACUAGUCAACCGGAACAUGUAAACAGUCAGGCCGUUCAAACCACACCAACAACAACCAUCAUCAUCAUCAACAACAACAACAACUUCAUCGCCACCAUCAUCCCUGCCCUACCCACUCACCUUCCCCCCCACCUACCCCUCUCCCCUGCCGUCCCCAGAUAACAGGAGCAGACAGGAAGAACAUAAACAGCUAUAAGAAGAGAAAUGGUAGAGGAGCAGUGUUGUUGAAGGAGCCACCCGGUGGGUGGCAGAUGUGCAAAAAGCAACUUUUUACUUGUCCUGAGAAAUAUUCACCUUCCUAGUGAGCGCCUUGGUCAGGAUUGAACUGUCGUUGAGGGAAAUGUUUAAAUGCAGAGAAACUUAAGCGUAGUGCACCAACCUCGAAGAUAGCCGAACGAUUCCACCGCUAGAACUCCCAUGGCUGCUUCUGUCCUCUUUACUUCUUAACAUUCUGCCUUUUUUUUUUUUUCUUGUUCCGCAUGUUAUUUUAAUCACCUAAAUGAAAUACCUACCGAUAAAUCCUAACUCUGUUUUAAAGAAAGAAAAAAAAAAUUAAGGAAGUAAAAAUUUAAGAAAAAACAGAAAUGGUUUUAAAAAAAAAAAGAGAGAGAGAGAACCUCAAAAAAUGCCAUCUACAGCAAGUUUCAUUGUUUAAGAUCAUUGGCAAGUAAGCAUUGUACAUCAGCCCUCGGCUGUAUAAAUAAAUCAACUAUAGAGAGAAUCCAUUUUUUAAGAAUAUAUAUUAUAUAUUUGUAUGUGUUUGUCUGUUUUACCUCUCAUCACAAAUUGUAUUUUUCUUUUUCAUUUGUAAAUUAUGUUUAAUUUUUGGUUAGUCUAGAUGAGACCUAGUAGCUCUAGAAUGUGCUGAAUUCUCAGUAUGAUCCCCCACCCCACCCCACCCCCACCCCCCCGGAUUUAUCUGAGGGCCCUCAGAUGAUAUAGCACGAUAUUUAAGGUGUCAUAAAUUCCACGAUGAAAAGUUUUCUCUUGUCUUUAACGCGAGGAGAAGUCGAUCCAACCCUGUGCGGGAGCGAGUGUCGACCAGUGAGUAGAGCCAUGUACGCUGCAGGAGCUGCUGUGUUGACGGGGUCCUGUAAAGGCCAAGCCACCUUUUUUCCAAGCCAAUGUAUUUAUUGCAGCCAUUUUUACUCUAGGGCAGUGAAUGUAGCUGACGUGAGUCCAUAGACGUUGACUUGAGGGAAGCGAGGUCGGAGAACUGAACCACAAAAUCGCAAGGGAUUUCCAAGAUAUGCUGAAUUAGUAACGGUGUCAAUAUUCAUUUAUUAAGAGAUUUAUGGGAAAAUGUAAAAUUAAUGUGCAUAGACAAAAAAAAAAAAGAGAUACACACAAACAGACAUGACCACACUCCUUGUUAUACCUGCACGUAGCAGAGAGGGUGGGUUUGGAUAAUUACUAUGUUAUAAUCACCGGGGGCAGUUCUGCCACUGGCACAGAUUAACAUUUCAGAAAAUUUAAGAUUGUCUUUUAUGCUAAAAGUUGAGAGAUCAGAUUAAAUCAUGUAUUAAAAAAAAUUGAUUUUUUUUUUUUGUUUUUCGUCCAGCGUGGUGUUUGGUCAAGCACUUUUUAUGUUACGCAUUUUCAUUUCCGGUCUGGUCCUGUGUGGCUGCAUGUGUGCGCACGCGUGUGUGUUUGUUUACCGUGUUUGUGUUUUGUUUUCUUGUUCUCUCUGGACAGUGCCUUUCUCUCUGGUGUCUCAGUGUCUCCGACCUGCUGCUUUGAGCCCCCUCCCUUCAUGGGGCCUGUCAGUCCUGCAGUAAGAAACAAGUCUGUAUAUAAUCCAACCUGUCCCAUCACCCUCCAUCACCGCCCUUUCCUCGCCUUGCCCUUACCAACAUGAAACUCUUAUUUAAGUGUCUCUCGCCUUCUCUUACCUAAUGAUACUGUUUUUGUUUUGGGUUUUUUUUGUUUUUUUUUUUGCUCUUUUUUAUUUGCAUUUUUUUUAUUUGUUUUUUUGUUUUAUUUUAUUUUUUGUUUUUUUUUUGUUUUCAAUUAAUAAAAUGCAAUUAUUAA